ACAAAAUAUGAUUUUUAAUAUUUUAUGAAAAAAGAGGAGCCAAAAGUGCUUAGGCUCACAAGUCAUAAGAGAGCCUUGGUGACUGCUGAUUCUGAACUUCAUAUGGUUCUGCUACUUCUGUGUCUAUCAGUCUCUACUCCCCCAGAUUUCUGUGAUCCUCAAGAAAAACAAUUGACAUUCAAUAUGCACUUUAGAGCAUAUAGUGAGAUAAAUUUGGGGGAUUCAAAGGUGAAAAGACAUACUGCUGCACCCUGGUGCAGGAAAGCAGAAGCAUUGCUGAGCAGGACCCUGGGCCCAGCUAAGACUGAAACUAUAAAAGUAAACUGGUUGCAUUUAGCCCAGCAGUGUGAUGUUUGGCAACAGGACAGGUACCAGAUGAAAACAAUAAUUGCAUAUAUUCAUGUUUGAAAAAGGAGUCAAGGAUAAGGUAUAAUGGAUAAAGAGGCUUUGUUGGAGGACCUUUUAAGUAAUCAACCAAGGGGGUCAUACUGGGCAAAGAGAGUGAAUUGGAUGAGGUAUAAAUGCGGAGAGCAAGACACUGGGAUGAAGGUGCUGGAGGGUAUAAUGUGGUCAAAAACAUGUUCAAUGAGAGAACUUAGUUAAAACCUAGUAACUAAGCAGGAACUUGGAUAAGGAAUUGGAGGUGUCCAGGAAAUCUGUAGAGAACUUUGUUUCAAGGAGAAAGACCCCUGCAAAGACCAAGGAACAUGAAUGAAUAACAUACUCUGGUUUGACUGGGCAGCUGAGGUAUUUGUGGAGGAAGUGGGACCAUAAGACUGCUGCUGUUCCCUUCCAGGUCUCACCACAGCUUCCUGUCUUUGUUCCUGUACUCACUUGGCUCUACUGUCAGCAAUAAGCUCCUUGAAGACAGAAACCAUACUGACUGGUGUUUUACUCCCUGCUCCUCACGGUGUCUGACAUCUCACUGAUGUUCUGUAAAUGAGGAGGAACAUAAAGAGGAAAUGAAAUGAAACUAAUAUACGUCUUCAAAAAAUUGUCCAGUUAGGCUCACUGAGUGAAGUCCUACUGCUGCCAUUCUAAUUUGGUGUCCUUACACAAGCAUAUUGUCCAUUUGAGGAAAAGAGCCAUAGUUUACCCUGAGUCCUAAAUAUAUAGAUAUGUUGAGUCAGAAUAAAGAGAGAGGUUUAGUAAACUCCUUGAAGGGAAAAAAAAAAAGUGGAGGGAUAGGGAGUUCAGAAAUCUAAAAUCUGAUAAAAAUUUCAUUUUGUAUUUCUAAUGAAAUCAAGUGCUCUCCUCUGAGAAUUGCAGUCGUUAACAAAACAAUCACCUUAGGAGCAUUAUUUAUAUUGUAUAAACUUUGUAAUAUUCUCACUGUCCUUGUCAUACUCCUUCUUUUUUACCCAAUAAUGGUUAAGAAACUCUUUUAAAACAAUAUGGUCCUGAGUGCUUUUCCUUGGAAAACUAUUAAUAAGCUGAAGGAGAAGAGGGAGAUGUAAGUGGAGGAAGGAAGGAAUACUACUGUAGAAAAUGUUCUGCUCCUAGCCAGUCCUGGGGGAAGAGGAAUCAAAAUGUGUUAUUAAUGAAUGAAAGAGUUAAGUAAGGAUAAAACUUAUGCAACAGAGGAAAGUAAAGUGAAUUUCUGAGAAAGGAAACUCAAACCAUGAUAGUUUGUUCAUUUCAUUUCAUUAUAAUAACAUUUAUCACAAGCCUCCUGAGUAUACCAGGUGCUGAGCUAGGCACAAAGAAAAUAGGAGUAAACAAGGCAACUGAAAUUCAGCUCUCAUGGAGCCUACAUGAUGGUGGAAAAGCAGACUAUAUUCUAACUGGACAGCUACUAACACAGAGAGAAGGAGCAGAGGCUGAUCAUGUUGCUUCCUAUGGCAUAAAUGUCUACCAGUCUUAUGGUCCCUCUGGCCAGUACACCCAUGAAUUUGAUGGUGAUGAGGAAUUCUACGUGGAUUUGGAGAAGAAGGAAACUGUCUGGCAGCUGCCCGUGUUUCAAACAUUUACAAGUUUUGACCCACAAGGUGCACUGAGAAACUUGGCAAUAGCAAAACAAAACUUGAACAUCCUGAUUAAACGCUCCAACUAUACCGCUGCUACCAAUGAGGUUCCUGAGGUGACCCUGUUUCUAAAGUCUCCUGUGAUGCUGGGUCAGCCCAACACCCUCAUCUGUCUUGUGGACAACAUCUUUCCUCCUGUGAUCAAUGUCACGUGGUUGAAGAACAGGCACUCAGUCACAGAAGGUGUUUCUGAAACCAGCUUCCUCGCCAAGAAGGAUCAUUCCUUCCUAAAGUUCAGUUACCUCACCUUCCUCCCUUCUGCUAAUGAUAUUUAUGACUGCAAGGUGGAGCACUGGGGCCUGGAUGAACCACUUCUGAAACACUGGGAACCUGAAAUUCCAGCCCCUAUGUCAGAGCUGACAGAGACCGUGGUCUGUGCCCUGGGGUUGGCUGUGGGCCUUGUGGGCAUUGUGGUGGGCACUGUCUUCAUUGUCCAAGGCCUGCGCUCAAGUAGUACUUCCAGACAUCAAGGACCCUUGUGAGCCACACCCUAGGAAGGAAGUUGUUACCUACAGUGAGCUGUCUGGGAUAUUCCAUCCAGUUCCCUGAUUCUUUGUAACCCUGAUCCAUUAUUCCCGUGGAAAUAAUAAAUUUCCUUUUAUGAGA